CCAUGGGAGCAUCACUCGCAGAAUGGGCAUGGCAACUCUGACCUCUCUUCAUUCCGUUCCUUUACCUUCGUCCACCUCUCCCAGAAAACCACCUUCUACUUCUCUCUCUUCCUCCAGAUUCACCAGGCGUACAAGCUCAAUUGCUCUUCUCGCUUCUCCUCUUCUCUUCAUCAGCGAUAACAAUGCCAAGGCCGAAGAGAAGAAGGACGAAUUCCAGCCAGAUGAGGAGGAACGAGUAGUUCGCAUCUUCGAGGAGACCUCUCCGUCGGUAGUCUUCAUCAAAGACCUGGAGCUGCCAGCAAGAAAUCGAGAAGCUGAUGGUGAGGACGAAUUCAGGGACGCCAAAGUCGAAGGCACUGGUUCUGGGUUCGUGUGGGACAAAAUGGGGCACAUUGUUACCAAUUAUCAUGUUGUGGAAAAAUUGGCCAAUGAUAGAUCAGGCCUUCAGCGUUGUCAGGUAUUUUUUGAAGAUAUGAAUGGCAAUACCUUUUCCAGAGAAGGGAAGCUUGUAGGGUAUGAUCCAGCGUAUGACCUUGCAGUCUUGAAGGUUGAUGUUGAGGGGGACAAGUUAAGGCCAGCAUCGAUUGGUAGUUCACGUUCUUUGCUGGUGGGUCAGAGCUGUUUUGCCAUUGGAAAUCCUUAUGGAUAUGAUCACACUUUGACUACAGGGGUUGUGAGUGGGCUUGGCAGAGAGAUACCAUCACCAAAUGGAAGAGCAAUUCGGGGAGCGAUACAGACAGAUGCUGCUAUUAACGCUGGAAAUUCUGGCGGACCACUUAUUGACUCUUAUGGCCAUGUCAUUGGAGUUAACACAGCCACUUUUACUCGGAAAGGAUCUGGAAUUUCAUCUGGUGUCAACUUUGCCAUCCCAAUCGAUAUUGUUUGCCAAACAGUUCCUUAUUUAAUAGUCUAUGGAACCCCCUUUAAUAAUCGCUUCUGAUUUUGUUAUUUGCUAUUCCAGUAGAGGUAAGUAACCUGAUAAUUUAAGUUGAAUGGUGGGGGAUUUUUGUGCCUGUUAAUCCUAAUUUAGUCAUCUCUAGAAUGCUUAUUUUUAUUUUUUGAGAAAUUUGAAAUUGUAAAUAAUGAUGAUUGUAAGCUUGUUUUUUUGGGA